CUCACUAAAAUUUUAUUAUUGUAGGAUGGUUCAGCUUUUAUUUAUACCAAUGAAAAAUGCGGGGAAAAAAAAUCACAUAAACUGACAUGUGAAAAAAAAUUGAUUUUGCACCAUUUUUCCUCUUCUCCCCUUAUUAUAUUCUCUCUUUUUUUUUCAUUUCAUCUCUCUUUAAUGGCCUCCAAACAAUUACAAAAAUUAUAUAAAACUAAAAGUAUUCAUUUGCAGUGGAUGCCUAUGUUAAUAAUAAAAGCAAUGGGAUAUUCAUCUUUAAUUGCUGCUUUAAUUCGUAUGUUUAUGUAUUGGUACAAUAAUAAAAAACAGUCAAAAAGACUCGGUUAUAAUUUACAUUUAAAGAAUAAAACUGAAAGAUUAUGUCCCUUGAAAAGAGUGAAUAGUAGUAUUGCAAAUUUAAAUUUAUCAGAGCUUAGAGAAAGAGAAGAGAUAAUACCUACUUCUCCUUCUUCUCCUCCUACUUUUAGAUGGGGUACAGGACUCUUAUCUACGUCUGCUAUUAUUCAUAAUAUUUUGAAAAAGAAAAAAAUGUCAAUUUCACUUAAAAAUACUGUAUUAUGGAAUCCAUCAACAGAUAUGAAUACACCAAAUCAUGCAUUUUAUGAAAAUACUAUUUCCUUACUCAUUCAUCUUUCUAGACUGUAUGACAUUUAUCUUAUCAUACACGUUAUAUCAAAGCAAGAACGUGAACAAAUUCAACGUCUAUUAAUCAAUGCUAAUCUUUUUCAUCUCUUCAAAAUAUUCUAUUGUGAUUCUGAACAAACAAAAUUGAAUUUUAUUCAGAAUAUCCAGCCUAUAAUUCAUGUUGAAGGAGGUUGGGAAAAAGACAAUGGCAAAUACGUGGUUAAUAAAUUAGAGAAUCAAGUAAAAUACAUCAUUUGGAUUACUUCUUUAUCAGAUAAUAUCAACAAUAAUAACUUUAUAGAAUUAUCUAAUCAUAUUUUAAGCACUUCAAUUGCUAAGCAAGUUGUUAAUGUAUGAUCAUUAUACCCUUCUUCUUUUUC